CUCCUCAACUCUUUCCAAUCCACUCACGCUUCCUCGGAGAAAGCACGAAUUGCUGAUGGACGUCCGCGAUGCACACCAUGUCCUCCCUGCCGACUCGCUGGCUAAACAUAUAGAGCCUACUCAGGCUCAACAGCAAGCCAUCACUGCCCUCAAAGAUGUCGUCUUUGGUUCCUUCGCUGGCAUGGCCGGCAAGUACAUUGAGUACCCUUUCGACACUGUUAAGGUCCGCCUGCAGUCCCAGCCCGACAACAUGCCCCUACGCUAUACCGGUCCUGUCGAUUGCUUCCGCCAGUCCUUCCGUCGUGACGGUCUGAGCGGCCUCUACCGUGGUAUCAGCGCUCCUCUGUUUGGAGCCGCUGUCGAGACCAGUAGUCUGUUCUUCAGCUACCAGGUCGCUCAGGACGCUCUUCAAGCCACCGUAUACAAGAACACCGACCCCCUACCGCUGCACGCCCUGCUCGGCUGUGGUGCCUUCUCUGGCGCCUUCGCUUCGUUGCUGCUCACCCCGAUUGAGCUCAUCAAAUGCAAGAUGCAAGUUCCUGUCGAGACUUCGCCAGGGGUCUUCAAUCGUCCCAGACCCAUGGCCUUGAUCUCUUCUGUGUACCGUCACCAUGGUAUCGCUGGCUUCUGGCACGGACAAAUGGGUACCCUCAUCCGUGAGAUGGGUGGUUCGGCUGCUUGGUUCGGCGCAUACGAGUCUGUCACUCUCGCUUUCAAGAACCUGCAGAAAGAGAAAAAUAUCUCCUCAGACACAUCCCUUCCUCUUUACCAGCAGAUGAUUGCUGGAGGCGCUGCAGGCAUGAGCUACAACUUCCUCUUCUAUCCAGCCGACACCAUUAAAUCGCGCAUGCAGACUGAGGCUGUGGGCGCUCUCCUCCCUGGUCAGAAGCAAAAGACAUUUGGCUCUGUUGCUCGUGCUCUCUGGAGGCAGCACGGUCUCAAAGGCUUGUACCGUGGUUGCGGUAUUACCGUCGCUCGCUCAGCACCGAGCUCUGCCAUUAUCUUUUCCAUUUACGAAUAUCUCAAGAAGUCGUUUGCAUAAUAGUUGGUACUUUCUAGUUUGGCGCAACGGUGUUUCUUGCAGCGGCAUAUCGGUUCUGGUGUUUGUUUAAGAGCUGGAUACACAAAAGUCUUAUGAUCUUGGUAUAGAACGAUGUCAAUUCUCUUUUUCUUUUCAUGCCAGCAUCGCCAAUUCACAAGUCAUUUCAUCGCGUGUCAGACAAGAGGCAAGAAUAUGUUGCAUUCUCGCUCAACAGAAAGAAGCUCUGUCCACUCCUGGUCCCGACGCUAAGCGGCAGUGACAUGCAUCUCGAUGUGUCUCCACCCUCACAAUAAACCUGCAUCACAAGUUCCUGCAGCCUACAAAGGCGGUCAAGUAUCUUCACACUGAACUUUUCGAGCUUUGAAUUCCCUCAGUCAAGUUUGCUCACGCCAAAAAACACACUCUGCCAAUUCCAGUGGACGCGAUACAUAUCGAAGCAGCGCAUG